AGUUGUGAAACGGUACGUGAACGACUUACACGCCUGCAACCGAUUAACAUCGAUUAUUUUAGAAAAUAGUGACGUGACCACCGAACUCAGAUAUCGAUGUACUAAGAUCGGUACCCGUUAUUGUGUUAUAAGUGUUGAACAAUUGCUCGCCAUGCAUUGAAUCCUGACAUACAAUUUAACUUAUAUUGUGUUCAUGAAGGCGCAGUGAAUGAACCUCCCCUAUGAUAAGUACUAUUAAUAAAAGUGUUGCCAGCUAUGUGUAAAAUAAUAGUGUUAAUAGCCUAGUGAUAGUUCAGAACAUAAAAGUAUCAGCAAAAGUUAACAGAUGAGAGCCACGAAGAUGACAUCAUCACAUUGUCGCAGCGUGACGCCGCCGCUGUCAAGGGCGAGCUCUACGGACCUGGUCGCCCCAUUGUCACCGGAUCUGACCAAACGUGCCAUGUCCCCAGAUCUCCAAAGAGACUUUGCUCGACACCGGCCUAUGUCGCCAGACUUGCAGCUUGACUUUGCCCGACACAGAGCAAUGUCGCCAGAUUUACCGCUAGACUUCGCCAGAAAUCGGGCAAUGUCGCCUGACUUACAUUUGGACUUUACCCGACGCCGUGCCAUGUCACCUGAAUAUUGCCGGCUCAGUCCAGAUUUGGAGAGGACGCGAACAUUGUCGCCAGAUUUGCCUCGUCGUUCUCGAUCGCCGGCGCGUCCGAGAUCAUUAAUGGAGUCGUUACUAGUUGCUAAAAUGGAAGCGUUAAGUACCGGAAAGUUAGUACGAACGGAUUCGUUGGACAGUUGUAGCAGUUUUGGAUCAAUGUCGUCGCUGCCCAGUGAUGUGUGCCGGUGUGAUGACUGUCUUCUGGGCAUUGUGGACUUCUACCUGCCCAGCCCUGCUGAUGCUAACAAAUUUAGAAAGCAAUCAGAAAGAUGGCGGAAACUACGAAACAUUGUGCAAUGGACACCGUUUUUCCAAACAUAUAAGAAGCAAAGAUACCCUUGGAUCCAGCUUGCUGGUCACCAGGGGAACUUUAAAGCUGGGCCAGACCAGGGAACGAUAUUGAAAAAGUUGAGCCCACAAGAGGAAAGGUGUUUCCAGCUCCUGAUGAAGGACAUCCUCAGACCCUUCGUACCUGAAUAUAAAGGCCAAGUGACUUGCGAUGACGGAGAAUUAUAUUUACAACUGCAAGACUUAUUGAGUGACUUCGAUAGCCCUUGCGUGAUGGAUUGUAAGAUUGGAGUCAGGACUUAUUUAGAGGAAGAGCUCGCCAAGGCCAAGGAGAAAACUAAACUUAGAAAAGACAUGUAUGAGAAAAUGAUUCAAAUUGAUCCCAAAGCGCCAUCAGAAGAAGAACACAGAAGUAAAGGCGUAACGAAACCCAGAUAUAUGAUAUGGAGAGAGACGAUCAGUUCUACAGCGACGCUCGGCUUCAGAAUAGACGGAGUUAAAAAAGCAGAUGGCACCAGUUCAAAAGAUUUUAAAACAACAAAAACGAGAGAACAAAUACUUGAAGCAUUCAAAGAUUUCACUAAUAAUUUUCCUAAUUCUUUGCCCAACUACCUCGAGAGAUUGAAAAACAUUCGGGCAACAUUGAUGGAGUCACAAUUCUUCAAAACCCACGAGCUCAUUGGAAGUUCUCUUCUCUUCGUUCACGAUAAGAAGAAGUCUUCCAUUUGGAUGAUUGACUUCGCUAAAACAGUUCCGGUUCCAGAAGAUGUCAAUAUUGAUCAUAAUUCAGCUUGGAAAGUCGGGAAUCACGAAGAUGGCUACCUCAUCGGGCUUAAUAACUUAAUUUCUAUCUUUGAAUCUCUCAUCAAAGACGAUAACGGUAAUAUUGAUCGAUGUUACUCUAAUUUAAACCUAGACAAGAACGUUAGAAGGGAUAGUUUAGCUACUUGAUAAUAAGUUUGUAUUGGCAAAGGUUACACGGGCCUUUGAUUGAGUUUGAAUUCAGCUUGUUGCAUUGUACCGAUUCCAUAUAACCGAUGAAGUCAAAGAAGUGUAAAUAUUGAUAAAGAUGUAUAGAUGUACAUAUUAGGUGUAAAACUGUACUGUUUAGUAUCGUUAAGUUUUGAGAAUACUCAUACGUAAUAUAAUAGUAAAUGUUUAAAUUUGAUGAUAUGAAUUUUGUGAAUAAAACUGCAUAUUGUAUUAACAAAAAUAAUUCAAACUUUGUGAUGUGAUUGAGGCGUACUUAUUGUAUUUCUUUAUUUAUUAUACUAUUCUAGACGAUCUUUUUUAAAGAGAAAAUCUAAAUGAUAACAUGAGAAAUAUUUUUAAAAUAUUUUAUUGAUAUGUUCUACUCUUAUGAAUUAAUAAAAAAUUAUAUUAUAAAUUACGUAAUCCAUAAUUAUAUAAUUGUACUGACAAGAUUUGUACAAGUCCACAAAAACGCCUUAAUAAUUUAAUAUUGUAAUAUUUAUUUUAUGUUAAGUACACUAUAUUAGUGUAACGACUAGAUACAUUGAUAUAAUUUAAGUACUAAAAGUACAUAAUAUUGUGUCUUUAAUUAUGCUGAGGUACUAAAUAAAACAUAUCACAUAUUACAA